AUGCAGCUUAUCAACCAUGCCAUUUGUACCGUCACAAUUCUGGCCACCAUUGCGGCAGCAGGCCCCGGUUCAAUCGUUGCUAGGGGCGAAAAGCUCCACGUUUUCAAUGGCGAGAAAUCCGUCAUGGUCGAAAGUGGAGCCUCUGUGGAGACCCGCAACGUUUUGGCAGCCUUGGCCCAAGGAGACGUCGACUGCAAGGGCUCUGCCUUGUGCGAAAAGCUCGGUUCUAGCUGUGACGAUGCCUACCGCAAGGUGACUCCCAGCAACACCUACAGCACUUACCUCGACAAUUCCGACACUGGAACUUGCAGUGGAACCUGCGGUCUUUUUGUCAGCGGCGAUCACUGUGAGGCCUUGGGGCAGGAUUUGUUGGACGCCUACAAUGAUAUUCGCAAACGAGGCCAUUGUAGCCAUUGCGGACGCAAGCAAAUCGCCAACGGCUGUAUGAUCAAGAUUGACCGGGUGAUGGGUUGUUAA